GAAUAGCUAAUAUCCCAUGUGAAAGUCUUAAAGUAGCCGGUGUUUCACAAUCCCCGAAACAAGUUUGGCGAAUAGGAAUCUUCAAACUGCAGUCGAUGCCAUGGAACUCCAGACCAGUUUACAAACACCUAGUUGAGCCAGUGUUCAUGUUUCAUGACAGUGGAUAUUGGCUCAUAGGAUCAACAAUUGGAGAAACUCAAUCAGGGAUACGAGUGCUCAGCUCAGCAUUGCAACCACAAGACGUAACAGAGGUCUGGCAAUCUUUUAAUGGUACAACGUGGGUGGCUGAAUCAAGUAUUGUUACUUCAUGCUCUUCUUUAUGUGACACUAUUUGGUUGAGUGGCGUUUCAGGAUCACAAGCUUAUUUAUUGGGAGCCUACAACCAUGUAAAUGAUGAUUCAAAUGGUGCACCUAUUUACAAAAAGCAAGAAGAUAAACCAAAGGGAGAAGUGACAAUACGCAUGAUUGAUGGCAAUAAAUGGAGUAUUGUAUCCGAGUCUGAAACUAUAACCACAACGUUCACGACAACCAUCACAAACCCAGUUGAAAUUCCAAAUGUAUGGACUGUGUCUUCUGGUACGAUAGUUCUAGAGUGCUACU